AUGGGAACCAACGUACUUCGUCUGACUGUGCUGUGUGUUGCGGCGGCGACCGCCGUUGCCGACGCCGCCACGCCACGAUUCACUCCGCCCGCCACUCCGCUGGUGGCGUGUGAUCCGUACUUCAGCAUCUGGUCCACCGGCCGCGCGCUGAAUGACAAUGACACCACGCAUUGGACGGGCAAGCCGCACCGGCUGACGGCCUUGAUCGAGGUCGAUGGGACGACCUACCGGUUGAUGGGCUCGGCGCCACGUCGCGCCGCCGCAAUGCCGCAGAGCGACCAGGUGGUGACGCCGACGCAAACGAUCUACACGUUCGCCGGCGCCGGCGUUCAGGUGACGCUGCGGUUCACGACGCCCUCCCUGCCCGAGGACAUCGACCUGUUGUCACGGCCGAUCACCUACCUGACGUUCGACGUGAAGUCGUCAGACGGCAAGAAGCACGACGCGAAGCUUUACUUUGACGCAUCGUCCGAGCUUUGCGUUGACGUGCCGCGACAAGAGGUCGAGGCCUCAAAGAACGCCGGCAAUGGCCUGGCCGUGGUGAAGAUGGGUUCGGUCGAGCAAAACGUCUUGCAGAAGGUGGGCGACGAUCUGCGUAUCGACUGGGGAUACUUCUACGCCGCCGCCCCGCAGGACGCGGAUCCGGUCGUGCGUGUUGGCGAGCCGCGCGCCUUGAGGGCCGCGUUCAGUUCGGAGAACGGCAGAGCCGACGCCGACGCUGUCGGUCCGAAGGAGGCCGGUGACGUUGCCAGUUCGUUCGAGUUUGACCUGGGCGAAGUCGGCGACAAGUCGGUGCGUCGCUGGCUGGUGGUCGCCUAUGACGAUCUCUAUUCGAUUCAGUUCAUGGGCAAGAACCUGCGGCCUUACUGGCGCCGCAACGGGAUGGAGGCCGAGGAGUUGCUCGCCGAAGCGGCGCGGGACUACGAGUCGCUGCUAGAGCGUUGCGACGCGUUCGACCGUGAGCUGAUGGCCGACCUCCGCGAAGCGGGCG